AGGACGCGAAGAGAGCAGGAUCCUCCAGUGAUACGGGCUACGAGGAGCACGCGCGCCGAUUCAUCGGCCGAUCGCGCCACGAAACUCGCUCGCUAGCUAGCUAGCUCGAUAGCUCGCUAGCUCGCUCUGUUCUGUUCUGCUCUGCUCUGCUCUGCUCUGUUCUGUUCUGUUCUGUUCUCUGUUCUGUUCUUUAUUCUAUUCUGCUCUGCUCUGCUCUGCUCUGCUCUGCUCUGCUCUGCUCUACUCUGCUCUACUCGCGUCGUUUGAUCUCUUCGUCCGCGCGCGAGCCUGCCGGAAGCGGAGCCGUUUUGCCACCGCCAAGCGGUUACAACAGUCAACUCGCGAUAUUACCAUCGCGCGCCUGCUCUCUUCAGUUGUCUUCUCAUCUCGUAUCUUCUCUUCUGUUUCUCUUGUCUUGUCUUGUCUUGUCUUGUGUUGUCUUGUCUUGUCUUAAAUUUCGCGAGAAGUAUUUUAGUCCUCAUACCGGCAAUCAACGGAGGUUUUUCUCUUUCUCUCUCUCUUUUUUUUCUUCUCUUUUUUUCUCUUUCUCUCUUUCUCGCUUUUAUCUAUCUUUCUCUCGAGAUAUUUCAAUUCUUCCUUCUCGAUCACAGUUUCUCUCAGUCCAGUUGUGAGAUGACACGAGAGUAAAGCCGGUGUGUUAAUUCGUAUCUAUCGCGAACAGUGUGUCCUUUUGUGAAUCAUUGGAUAGUAUCGCUAGAUAAGCAAGCAGAGAAGAAGGAGUAAGAAUAAGAAAGAAAAGAAAGAGAGAGAAGAAAAAGAAGAAGAAGAAGAAGAAGAAGAAGAAGAAGAAGAACAGAAGUAGUAGAGGAAGAAGAAGAUUAUAAAAGAGUGUGAUCAUUCGUACGUUCGUUCGUUCGUUCGUAAGUGCCGACGCGACGUGGACGCGAGGAAUCCGACGGCGUGCGUGACAUGUGCGAUCGUUCCUCCCGAAAGUGGUCCUCCUCUUCCUCAACGUCGUCUUCGUCGUCCUCGUCGUCUACAUUCUCAUCUUCAUCCUCGUUGCUACCGACCUAUCUUGGUCUAAGAAGAAGAGGAAAGAGAAGAAGAAGAAGAGGUAUAGAAGAGAGUCGCUUCGGGGAAUCGAAGAAGCAGGAAGCAGAAGAAGAAGAAGAAGAAGAAGAAGAAGAAGUAGAAGAAGAAGAAGAAGAAGAAGAAGAAGAAGAAGAAGAAAAAGGUGGUGCGUGGAGGAACGGAACGAUAAGGAUAACAUCCGGCGGCGCGACAGGUUGAAAAGAUGCUGGCACUCGCGAUGCGCCGCGAACAUACGACCGGCCGCAGCAAUUACGAGCCCGCGAAUCCGCUUGCGGCAUUCGAGCACCUGCAGCACGCGGCACCGACCGGCAACCCCUUCGAGGGCCGCGUGCGCGAAGUCGUACCCCCACCUCCACCCCCAACGGACUCCGAGGGUGAAUUGCAAGAGUUUGUGGACAUCGCGCAGGUCCAACAACUUUUACAACAACAACAACAGCAACAGCAACAACAACAGCAGCAGCAACAUCAACAUCAUCAACAUCAUCAGCAUCAACAACAACAGCAACAACAACAACAACAACAACAACAACAACAUCAACAGCAGCACAAUCAUCAGCAACAGGCUGCUGCAGCUGCGGCUGCCGCUGCCGCUGCCGCCGCCGCUGCUGCUGCCAGUGCUACUUCCUGUAUUUGGGGUGCGGUUUAUCCACCACCACCGCCGUCUCUCAGCUAUCAUCAUCAUCACCAUCAUCAUCAUCAUCCGCCGCCGACAUCGGGCGAGGACACGCAGUGCGCCAGUACUGGGACCACCGCCGCCACCACCACCACCACCGGCACCAGUAACACCGAGGAGACCGUCGACGCUCAGCCAGGCGAUCAGCUGCUUCAGAGGAUGACGAUGGACGGCAUGGAGGUGGUGGGCUCGCAACCUCACGCGGCCACCAGCCCUUUUCUCUUAUCAUCACCGCCUUUAGGACAUCAUCAUCAUCAUCAUCAUCACGCGACCUUCAAUCUACAAACGGUACAGCUAAGUUUUGACGCCUGUUUACCGUACAACGCUUCUUCCUCGACGUCGGCAUCGGUGGGCUGCGGUGUCGGCGCUACUUCGAGCCCCGCCAGCACAGCAUCCUCCUGUGCAUCCUUGGCAACAGCCUCGACCAAGACCAUACCGACCCUAUCGUUAACCUCCUGCGUGCCACUGCACUCGCAGCAUCAGAAUAACUCGUCCGACUCGUCCGAACACUCCCACGCCCGGCAUCAUCAUCACAAUCAUCACCAUCACCAUCAUCACCAUCGAUUGGACGAUCACCAACAACAUCAUUGUCACGUCGACACACCGUGCUCUUCGCCCGGCGACGUUAACGAUGUUUCCAAAAGACAUCGGCAAACCGAUGACAAUGACAAAGAUUAUACCAGGAACUGCAACGACGAUCUUCAAGAUCCAAACGAGAAGGACAAGCCCGGUGACCUGAACACGCCGGUUACCACCAGCAGCGAUCUACCAUCC